AUGUGUGGUAGAUUCGCCCAGGGUCUAAAUUUGAACAGCAUUCUCAACGAGUUCAAUCAAAUAGUUUUUGGUGAAGAGAGCCGUGAGAUCAAUGAGCAUUCUGAUGGUGUUUACGAGGCUGAAACACACGGAGCAAAUGACAUAACUGAAAAAAUUCAACUAGAUUUAUCGAGAGUUACUCAAUGGACACCUUCAUGUAAUAUAGCACCCACUGAUACCGCUUUAAUGGUUUACAUGACUGAGCCACCAGCAGGCAUCAGCCAAAACUACGUCUUUGAACACCUGAAAUUCGGACUAGUGCCAUCAUGGGCAAAGCCAGCCGACCCCACGCCAGUCAACAAGGGAAAGCAAAAUGAAGGAGACAAAUACUCACAUGAAUUGGGUAAGUAUGAAAGUAAAUACUUCAACUGUAGGAGAGAGUCCCUUGCCCAACACCGAGCAGUGUGGUCAUCUUGCAAGAAACAUAGAUGUGUUAUACCUAUCCAAGGAUAUUUUGAGUGGCUCAAGACAAAGAAUGAAAAGAUACCAUACUUCAUUCACUCAAAAUCUACCCCCUUAAUCUUUUUAGCUGGAUUCUUCUCACAUAACUACAACUACAAGGACAACUUCAACAUCAACGAUGAAUACUUAUCGUCAUUUACUGUAAUUACAGCACCGGCAGAGAAAUCCGACAAAUACGAUUUAUCUUGGUUACACGCAAGGAAAACUUUGGUUAUUGAGCCAGGGUCAAAAGCUUGGUUUUUGUGGCUAGAUCCAAAGAGGGAUUGGGAUGAUUCGUUAAUUGAGGAGGUUUUGAACUCAAAGACGAAUGAAUCUUAUGCAAAUAUAGAGGGAUACCGAGUGUCCAGCGAUGUUGGAAAUCCAACUAAUAAGGGCGAAAAUAUUCUUAAAAAGGUUGAUAAAAAGAAGAAUACCUCGGUUUCGGAUUUCUUCAAAGUAAAGAAAGAGCUGAGGGUCAAGAAGGAGGGAAAGGACCCACACGAAGAAAAACAUGUGAGUAAUAGAGUUAAACAAGAGCCACGAGAUGAGGGCGAAGUAUCAAUAAAAAUAGAAGGUGAUGCACUACCACCGAAAAGGACCAGGCAUGGUAGAGAUGAGGCUCCAAAGAAGGUCAAAACUGAAGUUGAUUAG